GUAAGAUUGUAAAAAAAGAAAAUAACUUUCUAAUUCUCAAAAAUAGAACAGCUUGAGUAAUAACUCAUGGGUUUUCAAAUGGGUCAUCUUUUAAAAUGGGUCACUUUGGCUAGAAUCCUUACACUUGGUGACUUUCACAUUGUAAAGGGUCAAGUUCCUUCUGAGGCCUAAUUGCACUAGAAUCUGCAUUUCAGAACACAGGAGGUGUCAGGAAGAAACUGGGAGAAAUUCAGAAGGAAACUGUCUCUUCUCAGAAUAACAAAUGUACCCUGUUUUGGGGGAAUUUUAUGUAUGCUCAAGUAAAUAGAUCUCAGCUUUGCAUUUUAUAAGACAUGAUGCCUUUUCUGAAAUAUUUCCAUAGCCAUUAUUUUAAUUCAUUGUUAUAAUAACCUUGUAAAGAGAGGAAUUCAUUGUAUCAGUUCCAGAAACUGAGGCAUGGUAAAUUAUUACAAGAGCUCUGCCCUUUGACAUCAAAUCUCUGUGAGCAAAGAUAGAGCCAGAACAGUGUAAACCUAAAAUUAAAUACUUUCCUUACAGUAUGCAAUAUCUAACUAUUAUGUAUUAGUUUAUAUACAGGGGAUGUAAGAAUCUUUAUAUUUAAAGGAUAGAUUAGGUGAGAUGAGAUUUGAAUAAAAAAGCAAUUUUUAAAAACUAAAUUCUACAAAUUCAGAUGCUGGCUUUGAUAUGUAACGUAUUAAGAUUUAUCUUCCAUAGAAGGCGGUCACACUAGAAGCCCUCUACAGAAGAGAAUGUUCUACCCAGUGUGUAGACAGCAAAGCCCAAAAGUUCAAGUUCAGAAUAGUGGUCCACAGCCGAAGAUCCACCUAAUAUUUCAGAUUGGAUUUCUUUUGCUCCUUUACUGUGACUUUCUAUAACUUCUUCACAGUGCUCUAAGCAAAAUAAGUUAAAAGAUGGACUCACCUCAAGUUUCCUUCUCUUACUUUAGAGGACUGUAUGAUCUUAUACUUGUGUCAUCCUAAUUGAAAUAUAUUUUAAGUGCUUGUGGGAACCUUGUUCUUUCCUGCCAAUAAUAAUGGAAGACCAUUAUUCCAUUAAUGAAAUCAUGGGAAACAUGGGAAAACCAUAUUCAGCCAAUUAGGGACGAUACUUUUGCUUCAACAGUAUUUGUGAAGUGUUAAAUGGCCCUUAGCAAUCAGAUUAGUAUUUUAAAAAACUCCUACCUAAUUGUUUUCUGAGAAGAAGCAUAUUAUGAAUAUAGCUCAGCAUUCUGAAAAGAAAACCUCCUGAAAAAAAAAUCAGCCAUCCACUAACUAACCCAUCCUCAUAAAGCUACAUGAACAGGUUCUGAAGAAAGGAAAUUUACAGAUAUGGAACAUCUCAUCUGGACUGACAUUGUCAAUAAGUUAUCUCAAAUGAUCCUCAGAAAACAGUGUCUGGUACAUAGUUUAGAGACAAGUCAAGCUCAUGUGACCAGUAAAUGGAGGCACAGUGCACAUCUCCUUUUGUUUGCAUUUAAACGCUCUAAGGAAAUUUACAGAUAUGGAACAUCUCAUCUGGACUGCCAUUGUCAAUAAGUUAUCUCAAAUGAUCCUCAGAAAACACUGUCUGGUACAUAGUUUAGAGACAAGUCAAGCUCAUGUGACCAGUAAAUGGAGGCACAGUGCACAUCUCCUUUUGUUUGCAUUUAAACGCUCUCAGCUUUUUGACUCUCUUUCGCCUCCAUUCAGGUCCAGAUUCCAGCUUGCACUGGAAUAUUCACUGACUCUUUGGUAGAAGUUGUACACCUGAAACAUCUCUGAGGUCUUUUUAGCAUCCUGCCCAUGGCCUACUACACAGAAGCAGACGGAGGUGAAGUCUUAAGAGUGAGGGGACUGACCCUGGGAGGGGGAAGAGUUAGCAUGGCUGCCGAAGAGACUGGGAAAGGGAGAAGGUCCGGGACAAGUACGAGAAGAGUCACACAGCACUGAAAACUCUGCCCAAAGCUAGAGAGCGCCAUUUGUGGUGACGCUGCCUGCCUGGUGGCAUGGAAUGCUCACAUGGAAUUGCCGCCUGACGUCGCUCACCACGCUUCCUGAAGGAUGCCCAUGUGGAAGAAUUUUGACGUGCCAGUGUCCUCAUUCUACAGGGUGUUCCAUUCCUUUGCAAUCUCAGAAAAAUGGGAUUAAAAUAACUAUUUUUUAAAAUAAGAAGACUGUUUUCCAUUUUUAAUGGCCAACAUGUAUUAAGAUGGACAUCUACUCCACGCAAUACGAAGCUCUAUGGUGGCGAAGAAGCAAGUGCCUGUUUAAAACUGAUCCUAAAUAAAAGCACUGGAGUGGAUAUGAGAAUGUUGGUUAGUGGCAGAAGAGUCAAAAAAUGGCAGUUUAUUAUUCGGUUAUUCGCCACUUGUUUUAUACUGAGCCUCAUGUUUUUUUGGGAACCGAUCGAUAACCACAUUGUGAGCCAUAUGAAGUCAUAUUCUUACAGAUACCUCAUAAAUAGCUAUGACUUUGUGAAUGAUACCCUGUCUCUUAAGCACAUCUCAGCUGGGCCUCGCUACCAAUACUUGAUUAACCACAAGGAAAAGUGUAAAGCUCAAGAUGUCCUCCUUUUACUGUUUGUAAAAAGCGCUCCUGAAAACUAUGAUCGACGUUCCACAAUUAGAAAGACCUGGGGCAAUGAGAAUUAUGCUCAGUCUCAGCUGAAAGCCAACAUCAAAACUCUGUUUGCCUUAGGAACUCCUAAUCCACUGGAGGGAAAAGAAAUGCAAAGAAAACUGGUUAUGGAAGAUCAAAAGUACAGUGAUAUAAUUCAGCAAGACUUUGUUGAUUCCUUCUACAAUCUUACUCUGAAAUUACUUCUGCAGUUCAGUUGGGCAAACACGUAUUGUCCACAUGCCAAAUUUCUUAUGACUGCUGAUGAUGACAUAUUUAUUCACAUGCCAAAUCUGAUUGAAUACCUUCAAAGUUUAGAACAGAUUGGUGUUCAGGACUUUUGGAUUGGUCGUGUUCAUCGUGGUGCUCCUCCCAUUAGAGACAAAAGCAGCAAAUAUUACGUGUCCUAUGAAAUGUACCAGUGGCCAGCUUACCCUGACUAUACAGCUGGAGCUGCCUAUGUCAUCUCUGGUGAUGUAGCUGCCAAAGUCUAUGAGGCAUCACAGACACUUAAUUCUAGUCUUUACAUAGAUGAUGUGUUCAUGGGCCUGUGUGCCAAUAAAAUGGGAAUAGUACCACAGUACCACGUAUUUUUUUCUGGAGAGGGCAAAACUCCUUAUCAUCCCUGCAUCUAUGAUAAAAUGAUGACAUCUCAUGGACAUUUACAAGAUCUCGAGGACCUUUGGAAGAAUGCUACAGACCCAGAAGUCAAAACUAUUUCAAAAGGUUUUUUGGGUCAAAUAUACUGCAGGUUAAUUAAGAUAGUUCUCCUUUGUAAAAUUAGCUAUAUGGACACAUAUCCUUGCAGGGCUGCAUUUGUCUAAUAACAGUACUUGAAUAUUGUAUGUUUUCACUGUCACUGAGUCAAACCUGGUUGAAAAAAUCCUUUAAAUGUUUGUCUGUACCCUAAGUAAAAUGAACAUGAAAGACAUAUAUUUUGAUAGCCUAGGCCAUCAGAAUGUUUCUUUGAUUCUAGAAGCUGUUUAAUAUAACUUACCUACUUCAUUGCCUAAAUUUGUUUCAAAGAAUUUGUAUUUAGAAAAGGUUUAUAUUCUUAAUGAAAACGAAAGGAAAGGGAAGCUCACAUUCUCAUUUAAUGCCACAAAUAUACUUGAGGUGUAGAGAUGUUCUUAAGAAGUCUUGGUGUUAGAAUAACUGCUUUUGGAAAAUAUCAAAUGAAUGUAUAGUACAGCAUUUCAAGGAAAUGUAUAUAUUAUUAGACCAGGUAAACCAGUUUAUUUUUGUUAAAGAGUACUUGGUGGAGAUGAUAGGGGCAGGGAAAGGUCAGCAUAGGAGAGAAAGUACAUAAAUCUGGUAAAAGAAAGUCUCUUGUUCUUAAAAGGAGAUGUAGGAAAAUGUGUACAAUUUUAUUAUACACAGACAAAUCCCUUAUUAUCACAUCCAUAUAGCUAUUUUACCUAGAUGGUGUUAGAGUUAUUAAAAUAUACUUGUAUCUUUUUUCAAAGUUCAAUGCAAAUUUUGAGAAAAGUCAUUAACGCUGCCCUAGCUAAUACUUUAUAUACGUUUUUAAUGGAUUUUUAAAAAUAUUAGAAAAUGACUCAUAAAAUGGGCAGCUGGUUGCUCACAGGGGCCUUCUCUAGGGAGAAACCAUUUUUAAUUCAAAUAAGCUCAUUUUAAUGAAUUUUUCAACUGGUUUUUAAGUAUUCAGUAUUGGCCUGUGUCUAAGGUAGUUAUUCGAAUGUACUUUCCAUAGAGGAAUAUAAUAAUGGACAGACUUCAAAUGGAAAGACAGAACGUUAAAAGCUAAUUUCUCCAUAAUUUUAUAAGGUGAAAUCUGAGUGUCUAAAUCAUUGUACUGAUUACUAAAAUUAACCCACCCCUCCCUAAAAGGUCUUAUAAACACAGCACUUUGUUCCAAGUUUAGAGUUUUAAAUUGAGAGCAUUAAAUGUCAAAGCUAUCAUAUCUAAAACAAUCUACUUUCAUCAAAUAACUGUUAGAAGCGAUCUUUAUUUUCUAAAUAUUUCAAACUUGAAAACAGAGUAAAAAUGUGAUAGAAAAGUUGCCAGUUUGAGGUUUAAAGCAUUUUUAAAGCUGCAUGUUCCUUGUAAUCAAAGAGUUGUGUCUGAGAUCUAAUAAAGUAAGUUACAUUUCUUUUAUAAAGCAGGAUAAAAAUGUGGCUAUAAUACACACUACCUCCCCUCACUACAGAAAGAACAAGGUGGUGUCUACUGCUAGGGAGAUUAUAUGAAGGCCAAAAUAAUGACAUCAGCAAAAGUGGCUGAACUGACUCUAAGACCUUUGCCUGCAGGAGGGACCUGCUAGGGAAAAUAAGAUGUCUCAUAUAAUAAGAUGAUGUCUGAAACAUGCAAAACAAAACUAAAAAAAAGUCUCAGUGUACACAACUGGAUGAUGAUACUUACAGUUUUUAGCAGGUAGCAUUUUAAUGUUUACAGAAAUUGUAAUUUUUUUUCUAUUUUGAAAUUUGAGGCUUGUUUACAUUGCUUAAUUUAGCAUUUUUAACUAAUGUCAAAAUGACAGUGUCAAACAUUCUAGGUUGUAGUUACUUUCAGAAUAGAUACAGGGUUUUAGAUCAUUACAAUUUGAGUUUUCUGACCAAUUAAAAAAAAAAACUGUAGAGAACAAAAGCAUACUUGACCAAGCAACAGGCUUAUAAUUAAUUUGUAUUAGUUGAUUCUUUAAUAAUGUUUUGCCUUUUGGCCAUAUAUACCCUGUGUAUCUAUACUUGGAAGUGUUCAGAGUUCCCAUUGGUUGAAAACAUCCCUGUCUCUGGCCAUCAAAGUGAUCUUGUUUACAGCAAUGCUUUUGUGAAACAAUUAUUUAUUUGCUGAAAGAGCUCUUCUGAACCGCGUCAUUUUUAAUUUUGCUUAGAAUAGAAAUGGAGCAGGUUUAAAUUUCAAGGAAAUAUGAAAGCACUUCCUUUUUUUGUCUAAGAAGCAAGUUGCUAGAUGAUUCCUUCAUCACAGUUAAAGUACUGGAAAGAGUAUUUGUAAAUAAAAGGGUUCCAACCUUUUAAAAAAGAAGGAAAAAACUUUUUGGUGCUCCAAUCAAGGACUAUCUUUUUUAAAAAUGUCAACAAAGGGAAAAUAAACUAUCAGCUUGGAUGGUCACUUGAAUAGAAGAUGGUUAUACACAGUGUUACUGUUAAAAUUUGUUUACCUUUUGGUUGGUUUGCAUCUUUUUUCCAUAUUGUUAAUUUUGUACCAAAAUGUUAAAUAUUUGUAUUAUUUGAAUUUUGCUCUUGUAUGGCAAACUAAUUAGUGGGUUUUAAAAAAAAAUCUAUGAUUUCCAAUAAACAACUGAAAAAUUA